AUGUGCCAGGUGGGCAGUAAGGGGUGGAUUUUCACGGAUUUAGAGAGCUGCUUUGUGGGUAAGGAUUUACGGCUGUAUCAGUGCACCUGCCCCAUUUCCACCUGCCAUUCCACGCCAAUGGGCAAUGCUUGCCUCUUUACAACGUCUUUUCUUGUAUUUUGUGGAGUUUUCUGUGCCAUCUGGCUAUUUGCUUUGGCGGCGUAUGUGUACGUUUCAGGUCUCGUUGCGGAGCACCGGAAAUCCCUUUUAACGGAGAAGAGUCAUUUUGCACGUGGCUCCUACUAUUAUGAGAAAAUGUUCGGCGGUGAUAGGAAGAGGAAAAGCUUGUUAGCCGGCGACAAUUUAACGGAAAUACCUCAGGGGGGUUGA